AUGAAGCGAAAGGCUGAUAACCGCGGCGAGUCGGCAGACUCGACCAAGCGCCAGCAACUCGACCUGGCCGACCAGGAGCUCGACAAGGGCAGCCCGGAGCAAGAAACUGCAGAAUCCACCUCCAUUUACGAUGGCAACGAUGCUGCUUCUGAUACUGCCUCUCCCCCAGGCGACACCAAUACCGUUGGGGCAACCUCGAUCUCUACCUCCCGCCGAGGCCGCAAGUUCCCCUCCGAUAUGAAGACGAUCAAGUGCACUUUCCCUGGCUGCGACAAGAGCUUCAACCGACCUGCUCGCCUGGUGUCUCAUCUUCGAAGCCACACCGGCGAUCGAAUCCACCGCUGCACCUAUGAAGGAUGCGACAAAUCCUACCUCGAAGAGAAACACCUGACGCAACACAUCAAGGGUUCCCACACCCACGAGAAGAACUACGUCUGCAACGUCGAAGGAUGCGGCAAAGCUUUCGUCACCAAUACGAGACUCAAGAGGCAUGCUGCCGUUCAUGAAGGUGCUGAGCGAUUUCGAUGCCGAGACUAUGAGGGUUGCAGUGAGAGCUUCCGGAAGCGUGAGACUCUGCAGCGGCACAUUCGGACCAGGCACCUCAACCAGGCCGGUUUCCCUUGUCUGCAAGACGGUUGCCAAGAGGGCUUCGACAGCGCCGGUGCUCUCCGGCGUCACACGGAGCGCGAGCAUGGGCAACUACGGUUUUGGUGCGACGAGUGCGCCAAGGAGACGGACGAGGAUGGUGAAGAGAAAAGGGUUGGGUUUACGACGUUGAAUAUGCUUAAGACUCAUGCUAGAACUGAGCACCGAGCGUGUCCUUUCUGCGACAAGAAGAUCGGCCGGCAGUUUCAGCUGGAGGAGCACAUGGAGAAUAUGCACUCUGGAAAAUCCGUCGAGGAGAGAAAGGAUGUGCCUUGCAACUGGCCAGGGUGCGAGAGCAUGUUCACCCGAAAGUCCAACAUGAUGACGCACUACCGAAGUGCGCACGAAGGCAAGAAGUUUGUCUGUGGCGAGGUCAACACUUUCAACACGCCCGAUAUCGCGGAUUGGAACUGGCAAGAGGAGGGUUGCAAGGCUCCGUUUGUUAGCAAGCUCAAGCUUGAGGAGCACAUCCGAUUUGUUCACCUAGGAAGGAAGCGUCCGGAGAGAACCAUCACCCUGAACUUUGACGGACCGGACGAGGUGGACGAGAUGACGGCGGCAGUCGACAAGAAGAAGCUUGCCUGCAGUGUACUUGGGUGCGAAGCGAGGUUCAUCAGAUAUGCGGAUCUCAACAAGCAUUUGGAAGCUCAUCAGAGACAGGCUUCAAGCAUCGAUGAUGGAUAUGCUCAACAAGCGCAGCCCAAUGUUGCCGUCGAGGCAGGAUAUGAGCCCCGAGAUUUUAUUCUUUCUGCCCCUCAAGACGGAUAUGGAAACCAGGACCACAUGCUUGUCGUGCCUGAUGCUGGGUAUGGCGAUCAAGGCCAUAUUCUCACCGCCAACAGCGCCUACGUCGCUCCGACCAACAGGUACGGCAACCAGGACCAUAUUCUCAACGAUCUUAAGAACGAGCCGGGGAUUCCAGAUCUGACUGGGGAUGCGCCUCACGGUCUUGCACUUGAUCCGGAGCUGCAGGCUUCGACAAUGGACAUGCGGCUUCAGGGGCCAGAUGAUCAGCAACAGCAGCAACAGCAGGAUCUAGAUCCCAACUUUUAUCCUGCUUUGGCGAAUAUGCUCGGAGGGGACACCCACGCCAACGCCGAUUGGAAUGUGAUGAACGAACUGCUUGGCCAUGGUCAGUAUUAG